GCUAGCUCAACUUUUUUCUAAGUCAACUCUCUAAUAAAACAAAAAGCUUUCUUUUGAUUCAACUCACGGCCAUGGCGCAAAAUAGCAGCUGCCGGAAGAGACCUAAUAUCCUUAUCACCGGAACUCCAGGCACAGGGAAGACGACUACGGCGGCUGCUCUGGCGGAGGUGAUGGAGCUCCGCCACAUCAACGUCGGUGAUUUCGCUAAUGAGGAAAACUUGACGAACGGCUGGGAUGACACCUUCGAUUCCUACUACAUCAACGAAGAUCUCGUAUGUGAUGCUCUUGAAAACUUGAUGGAAGAAGGAGGAAACAUCGUUGAUCAUCACGCCUGUGACUUCUUUCCUGAGUGUUGCUUUGAUCGUGUGGUGGUACUUCAAACUGACAGUUCUGUCUUGUAUGAUCGGUUCACUAAGAGAGGUUACUCCGAUCAUAAGCUUGCUAGUAAUACUGAAUGUCAAAUCUUUCAAGUUUUGUUGGAGGAGGUAAAAGAGAACUAUCCAGAUGAUAUUGUGAUCAUACUAAGAAGUGAUUCUCUGGAAGAUAUUGCCAAAAAUGUGGAGACGCUGACCAGUUGGAUUAGUAAUUGGAGCCCUGUCGUAUGACUUAAGUAUCAAAACAGAUGUAUUAUAGCAUAUUAAGGCUAUAGAUAAGGUCAAAAUCACUUUUAUGUGUAUAUAAUAAAUGUUAGGCUAUGUAUCACUAGGCCUAAACAAGAACAUAACACGGCUGAACGCAGGCUUGACCAAUACUUUUGUGAGACUAUCAGCUAAUAGAUUUGCUGCAUGAACAU